GUAUCCCAGACAGUGCUAGCAUAGCCACACAGCAAAUGUUAAGGUUUCUAUUGUUUUGAAGGCACUGACAAUUAUGGCGGGGAUGGGAGAGGAUGAAGACCUUAUAUCUGAAGAGGAUCCCCUAACUAGGCAGGGCGAUGGCAGCGGCCGGGGUGGGAGACUAUCCCCGAUUUGUGACCCGGCUCACUGGCUACACCGAAUUGUGGUGCUGGUGUUUAUGUGUUUCCUUGGGUUUGGUAGUUACUUCUGUUACGACAACCCCGCUGCUCUCCAGACGCAAGUCAUUCAGGACAUGAAGCUGAACACGUCCGGCUUCAUGCAGCUGUACGCCUGGUACUCUUGGCCCAACGUGGUGCUGUGCUUCCUGGGAGGGUUUCUCCUGGACAGAGUUUUUGGCAUCAGGUUAGGGACCAUCAUCUUCGCCUCUUUUGUGUUUGUUGGGCAGAUCAUUUUUGCCACCGGUGCGCUAGUCAACCGGUUCUGGUUGAUGGAGGCUGGACGAUUUGUCUUUGGGAUCGGGGGAGAAUCGCUAGCUGUGGCCCAGAACACGUAUGCUGUGAACUGGUUCAAGGGCAAGGAGCUCAACCUGGUGUUUGGCCUGCAGCUGAGCAUGGCCCGACUGGGUAGCACAGUGAACAUGAAUAUUAUGGGCUGGGUGUACGACCGCAUAAAGGACCUGAUGGGCUCCGCAGGCCCCAGCACACUGGGCAUCGCCCUCAUGAUCGGUGCGACUACCUGUCUGUUCUCCCUGAUGUGUGCUGUGACGCUGGGCUACUUCGACAGGAGAGCUGAGAGGAUCCUCAACAAAGAGCAGGGCAAGACUGGGGAAGUGAUCAAGCUGACCGAUGUGAAGGACUUUCCGUUGCAACUCUGGCUUAUCUUCAUCAUCUGCGUCAGCUACUAUGUGGCCAUCUUCCCCUUCAUUGGACUGGGCCAAGUGUUCUUCAUCGAGAAGUUUGACUUUUCCCCUGCGCAGGCGAGAGCCAUUAACAGUGUGGUGUACAUCAUCUCGGCGCCGGCAUCUCCUGUGCUGGGCUUCCUAGUGGACAGGACGGGCAGGAACGUGCUGUGGGUGGCCUGUGCCAUCCUGGCCACGCUCACCGCUCACAUGAUGCUCGCCUUCACCUUCUGGAACCCCUGGAUCGCCAUGUGCCUGAUGGGACUGGCAUAUUCUCUGCUGGCGUGUGCUCUGUGGCCCAUGGUCUCCUUUGUGGUGCCGGAGCACCAGUUGGGGACGGCCUAUGGCUUCAUGCAGUCUAUUCAGAAUCUUGGCUUGGCUCUUAUCGCCAUGGCAGCAGGAGCCAUUUUGGACAACCGCGGUUACCUCUUCCUGGAAGUGUUCUUCUGUGCCUGCAUAUGCAUGGCGCUGAUCGCGGCGGUGAUGCUCUACUUGGUCAAUUUACUAAGAGGCGGGGACCUGAAUCUAUCGGCAUCAGCCCGGGCCGAGCUCCAGAAGAGAGAAUCUGCAGACUCUGAGUGAUGAACCUUCAGUGCCACAGGAAACCCCCACUCUCAUCUCGGGUGUGGCGCUCAGCAUCCGGGGAAACUACGUCUUGUGUGUGUGUGUGUGUGUGUGUGUGUGUGUAGGCAUCCAGUCAUGAUGCACACCAGACUUCUUUUCCACUUCUCAUUGGACUGAUUCUACUACCCCAACACACACACACACACACACACACACACACACACACACACAUACACACACACACACACGCACAGCGGACACUCCCAGGCGCCCAUCGAUGCGUCUCAGUGGGACUCCAAAAGGCUCCAGAAGACUGCAAGUGUGUGUGCAUGUGCUGCAUCCCCAAAGGCAAGCCUGCACAUGAGCGCACAUCCUCAAGAUCUUUAGCAACGUCUAGUGACCAAAACUACUUUUAAAAACACAUUUCCUUUUUUUAGAUUAGCAUCAGACAUACAGGUAAGCCCAGAAGCCCACAUUUUUAUAUGAAGUGCAGUUUUAUAGUUAAUUCCUGAUUUUUAUACGUUUUAUUUUGGUCAGUAGUUUUUAAUGCCUAUAACACACGAACACAAAACAAAAAAACGACCUUGUGCCAGAGAGAUGUAAAUUAUAAACAAAGUGGUAUUGAAUCAAAGUAUGGGAACAGUUCUGGGCUUAACUGUGUAUAAGAAACAAGUGUGCACUUUAUUGUACAAUGAGCUGCGAGGGGUGGUGGUGGAUGUGUAGAGCUGGACUCGAGUGCUCUCUCUGAGAGUGGUGUGUGUGUGUGGGGGGGGGAGGGGGGGAGGGGGGGGGGGAGAGAGAGUGUGUUAGGCAUUAUCUGAGCAGGCGAGGAUCAGGACAGACUGCUGUGUGUGUUACCAUGUCCACUACCACAAUCAGGUGCCUUUUGGGUGCUCUACUCUUUUGGUGUUGUUUUUACAUCUUUCUUAAAUGUUUUUUGUUUUAUUUUGUUUUUAAGUCAGAAGAUGAGUUUUCUUUUUGUUUUUUUUUAGACGUACGUUUUUAAUACUUUAAUACUUUAAUACUUGUUUGGGAAUUGCAAGCUUUGCCUUGUGGUAAUUAACGGGUUUGAGCUGUGUCUUAUCAGAGUUGUGUGUGCUUUAGUUGGUCUCUCAGCACUCUUAACAGAUGCACUUUUCAUCAGAUGGCAAGAAUCACAUGUACACAUGUACUCCUCCAAUCACACACACACACACACACACACACACUGUUUAUUGUAGGAUGCGGGAGAGGACACAAACACAUAAAACACACCGUCACUGUAAAGCUGCCUUACUGUGGCUCUGACGGAUAUUGCUGCCACUGUCAUAUAGCAUGUUCAUGACUGUUACGGCCUCAGGAGUGGACCUUUUCAUGCUGUUUUCCACAGGAAGCAGUGACACAUGACAACGUGUUGGCUCGGUUACGUCUCGGUUACGGUUAACCAUCUAGAAAUGCAUUUUUUUGUUGUUGUUUUCAUCGUCAAAGUGUUUAGCUUCUUCUCCACACAGAGGUAAUGAUAAAUGUCUGUCGACCUGGAGGAUGUUAAGACUGAAACUGCCACUUGAUGGAAAUCUGUUGCUAGUGAUGCUGCCAUGAUCGAGAUCACACACCAACCUGUCAGCUGAGAGUAAUAUUUGUAUAUCUUGAUCUGUGUCUGUACAUGGUGAUGUAAAGGUCGCCGUGCCCUCUGCUGUCGUGUGAUCAGAGCUCGUCUGUAUAGAGCACUGCUGACUGUCCGCCAUGUUGCUUUUUAAACACGCUCUCUCUUGUCCUGAAGAGAUCUCGUUGACUCAGGAAUGAAUUAUGAAUAAAUGAUUAUGACUGCU